GCCUCCUUCCGCGCCCCGCCGGACGGGCAGGCUACACGACACUGUUGGGAAGGAGCGGGAGGCGCGGUUUACGGUUCUGCCGUAAAGCAGCUCGGCCGAGGAAGCGUCGCUGUCGCCCUUGGGAGCUGAGGGGACAUGAGCGGGAUCGUGGGGAAUAAGGCCCUGGAGAUGCUCCGCUCCCUGCCCAGGGUCAGUCUGGCCAACCUAAGGCCUAGCCCAGGCUCCAAGAAAAGGGAGAGAAGACGUGGCCGUGGAAGAUACGGAGGUAGAAAGUGUGGUCGGGGACACAAAGGAGAAAGACAAAGAGGAAAUCGUCCCCGAUUAGGCUUUGAGGGUGGUCAAACUCCAUUUUACUUAGUCAUACCAAAAUAUGGAUUUAAUGAGGGACAUAGCCGCAGACGUCAGUACCAACCACUCAGUCUUCAGAGGCUGCAGUACCUCAUUGAUUUGGGUAGAGUUGACCCCACACAACCAAUAGACUUAACACAGCUCACUAAUGCCAGAGGUGUAACAGUGCAGCCUCUCAAAAGGGAUUAUGGUGUCCAGCUGGUGGAGGAGGGUGCUGAUAUCUUUGCAGCAAAAGUAAAUAUUGAAGUGCAGAGGGCAUCUGAAUUAGCAAUUGCAGCCAUAGAAAAAAAUGGAGGUGUUGUAACAACAUCCUUCUAUGAUCCAAGGAGUUUGGAAAUUUUAUGCAAGCCAGUAGUGUUUUUUCUGCGUGGGCAGCCUAUUCCAAAGAGAAUGCUUCCACCUGAAGACCUGGUCCGUUACUACACGGAUGCCAGGAAUCGUGGGUACCUGGCAGAUCCAUCUAAGGUUGCAGAAGCCAGGCUUGAGCUUGCCAAGAAAUAUGGUUAUGUCUUGCCAGACAUAACCAAGGAUGAACUCUUCAAAAUGUUAAGCGCACGCAAGGAUCCCAGGCAGAUAUUUUUUGGUCUUGCUCCAGGAUGGAUCGUGAACAUGGCAGACAAGAAAAUUCUGAAACCGACUGAUGAGAGGCUGUUAAAAUACUAUAGCUCAUGAGUUCAGGACUGGAGACAACUGCAGGUGUACAGGAAACAUCUGGAGAAGGACAAGAAGGGAUGAAAUUUUUACUGGUGUUUAUCAACCAGCCCGGAUUUUGGCUUCACUCAACAAACUGCCUUGUCAAUUAAUGAGCAUCUGUAAUCACAAAACAAAAUAAACGAAGUCUUCUAUUCUCAUGCAGAUUAAAUAAUGUAAAAUCCAAAUAUUAAUAAAUAGAAAUUCACUAAUUUUUGACAAUUUACUCUUCAGCUUCUAUUGUUUCUUGUUAGUCUGUGUUAGAUGCUAUCAGUAAUGGUUAUUCUCCUGGAUUGUUGUUUUAAGUAUAGGUGAAACAUAGCAAAACAAAAUCAAUAUAAAAUUGGAUUGUGAAUAGCAGGAAUUUGGUCUUAGUGGUGUUAACAUUCAUAUUUUAUAAGGUGCACAACACUUUUUUGGCACUUUAAUAGUAAUACUGUGUGCCAAAAAAAGUAUAGCUAGUGUUAACUUGAAUGUGAAGUAAAUAACUUUCUCACUUUAGAUGUAUCCUGUUCUGCAUCCUGAUGAUUGUUGGUUUGGAAACUUAAAUGACAAGCAAUACUUUUUUUUUAUGCUUUUUUUUUUUUUUUCCUUCUUUUUGUUAUUACAAUACUUAUGCCUCCAUUUGGGAAGGACUUGGAGGAGGGGAAGAGUAUUUAUUGCCUUCCCUUAUUUGUACCAUAAUGUUUCUGUUUUUAUGAAUCGAUUCACAAUUGUAUUUUGUGGAGGUGCUGGUACUCAACAGGAAAGCUACUUAACUGGAAGUGAAGAAGGAAGUUAGUCAUAUUAGUGAAGACCAGAAGACAAAAGUGUUUAUGUAUCAUUGUGUAUUUUUGGGAGGAGAAGAGGGGGGGAAGGCAACUUUGUUUCCAUUCCUGCUCUUUGUAUUAAGAUGAACAAAUUGCUCUCAGUGAUUUUUUUUUUUUUUAAUUACUUUUUUCAAAUCUACUUUGAUACACACACGCGUGCACACGCUGGUUUCUGUAGGUUUCUAAAUGGUUUUCAGGUGAAAGGGUAACUUGGAUAAAAUGAUAACAGUGAAAGAAAGAAUGAAAACAGGAAACAGAUGUCUGGUGACGUCGAGGGAUUGGAUAGCACUUAUUCAGUGAACGACAUGUUAGUCACAAAGCAGCUGUAUCCUGGCUCUGAUACUAUAACACUACAAAUACCUUGGAGCCAAAACAGCCACGUUCCACCAAAUCCGGUCAUUCUGCUUUAUAAAGGUGAUCUUUUAUCAUCUUAUAAUCAGAGAGGGCAGAAAGGGCUGUAUGUUGCUUUAUUUACAAUAUGCAGUGCUUGUCUUUUUUUCUCGCUUCUGUUUACAGUAGCUGGUAUUUUAUAAUGGUUGUUCUGAUUUUUAUUUACUAGUGAAAAAAGUGGCAAGGCUAUAGAGGAUUUCCUGUUCAUUUAAUCUCAUCAGGAACACAAAUCUCCUGGCAACUGAAUAUGGAAUUAUCAAAAACAGAAGCAACUUAUUGACAAGGUUUCUAAUAAAUUUGUAAUAAACAGCCUUGCAGUGGACUGGUGUUUAUAUGAGGCUCAGACUCGCUGGCGCAAGACUCUAAGCCACCACUGGCAUCUCAGGCGGUUCUUUUUACUUAGGAAUAUGUACCCUGUUUUCAUGUUCGUAAGAUAAAUGAUUGCCUUGGAUAUCCUGUUUUGAUAGGGUUUUUUUCAUACUCAACAAUGUAUUGCCCAGCACGAAGCACCCAAUCUGCUGUAACCGGAAAAGCUCUGUCAAGUAGCUGAGGAGAAGAAACACUUGUGCAGUAAAAUACUGAAAGGCAUAUCCAUUUUUAUCAACAACAUUAUGAUUUCAGUGGUUCCUAGAUAAAAAUGAUUUACAUAUCUGAGGCUGAAAUCAAAAUACAGGACUCUGAACAAGUGCAUACCUUGUUCUAUCACACCUUGGUAACUGAAAAUCACCUAUUAUGAGAUGGACUACUACCUCCAGUCAGCAAUACUGCACUUGCAGGUGGCUGUCUGCAAACUUGAAGUGAAGCAAGUUGAAAUAAAUUAAUUUCUCCUUCCACCUUUAUGUAUAACAACAUGCUGGCUUUUGAUUCAUUAUACUUUGUAGUAUACUAUUUGUGUUUAAUAGUUGACUGUGCCAUUCACUGAUUUCCAAAAAAA